GGGGCAUGGAGCUCCCGAUUGGCCUGCUGGGCUCGAGGCCAUGCGAUCUGGGUCCUGACGCAGGUAAUUAGACGAAGAAGCUGGCGAAUGCUCCAACCAGCAGGACUUUGACAUUUCCAGAGUGCUGUGCACCACGAUCCGCGACGUGCGCUCCAACUUUACCAGCCCCCGUGAGGAGUCAAAUUCUCUCGCUAUAAUACGAUUCAACCACCCCUCUUUCCGGAGCCACAUGGGUUCCACCGCCAGAGUAUUUAUUAUUCUUUCAAGGACAUAACCUCCCCCCUUCCCGCGUACCGGAGAGCGUCAGCCAUACUCAAGGUCGGGAAUGCAAUCGAAACUGCGCAGUUGAAAGCAUGGACCAAGACACGAGACCUCUAGCCUCCCUCUCCCUCACCCACGUCUACUAUGAUCCCGAUGAUUCCCUCUCGUUCCUCUGCGCGUGGCUCGCCUUGCUCCCGCAGGCCUUGUGCAUCGUCUACGCGACCCUGAUCUGGUCCACCCGCGAGAUUGAGAUCCUCCUCAUGUUCGCCGGCCAGCUGGGUUGUGAGGCCAUCAACUUCGCCCUCAAGCGCCUCAUCAAGGAGGAGCGCCCCCGCCGCAUCCACGGCAAGGGCUACGGCAUGCCUAGCUCCCACGCCCAGUUCGUCGCCUACUGGUCCAUCUUCCUUGUCUUGUUCCUACUGGUCAGGUACCGGCCUACCUCCGUGCGGAGGCACCACCAGCCCUACUCGCUCAUCGAGCGCGUCGUCGUCAGCGUCGCUGCGCUGGGCAUCGCCGCCGCGGUGGCCUGGAGCAGGGUGUACCUCGACUACCACACCGUGAAGCAAGUUUUGGUCGGCUUUCUGGCCGGCUCGGUGUGCGCCGUGGGCUGGUUCAUGGUCACGGCGAUUGCGAGGGAUUUUGGCAUCUUGGCCUGGGUCUUGCAGACCCCUAUUGCGCGGCUGUUUAGAUUCCGUGAUCUUGCGGUCGAAGAGGAUCCGUGCCAAGCUGGCUGGGACAAGUGGGAGGAGAGACGCGUGGAGGCGGAUCGGCAGAAGAGCAGAUAA